AUGGCCGGGCUUUUCAGCAAACAACGAUUUGGUUUUGCGAGUGAAACAACGAUUGAAGAGCUAAAAAAUUUUUCCAAAAACCCAAACACAGUAAAGAGUACGUCUUCCUGGCGGAAUGUAUGGGAGACGUGGUGCAAACGGAAAAAUAUUGUCAACAAAAUCGAGGAAAACGAGCCAGAAAAACUAAACAAGCUACUUGAAACAUUCUACGCUGAAGUAAAAAACAAAAACGGUGACGACUACGAGCCAGACAGCUUAAGAGUGAUGAUAGUUACACUUGACAGACAUUUAAACGAGAAAGGAUACAAGUUUUCCAUCAUGCGGGGAAGGGAGUUCCACUCUUCCAAGCAAGUUUUAGUGGGGAAAGCUCGGCANGGAAUGUAUGGGAGACGUGGUGCAAACGGAAAAAUAUUGUCAACAAAAUCGAGGAAAACGAGCCAGAAAAACUAAACAAGCUACUUGAAACAUUCUACGCUGAAGUAAAAAACAAAAACGGUGACGACUACGAGCCAGACAGCUUAAGAGUGAUGAUAGUUACACUUGACAGACAUUUAAACGAGAAAGGAUACAAGUUUUCCAUCAUGCGGGGAAGGGAGUUCCACUCUUCCAAGCAAGUUUUAGUGGGGAAAGCUCGGCAGCUUCGCCAAUCCGGUAUGGGCAAACGUCCAAAUAAAGCCAGAAGUUUAACUGAGGAAGAAGAAGAGGUGCCGUGGGAGGCAGAAAAAUUUGGUUCCAAAACUCCAGAAGCGCUUAUUUCUUCUAUGUGGUGGCUUUUGACACAGUUCUUUGGUCUUCGCGGCCGUCAAGAACACCACGCAAUGAAAAUGGAAGAUUUUGAACUCUGCAAAAAUGGCGAAGGUAUGGAGUUCGUGCAGUUUACCGAAGGUCCAACGAAGACCAGACAGGGCGGACUGCAGAGCAAGAACAGAGAUUUUCAGCCCCGAAUGUUCUCUGUUGGAGGAGAAAGGUGUCCGCUUGCUAUCUUCAAGCAGUUUGUCGAGCGAAGACCACUAAACAUGCGAUGGUCAGGUCCUUUCCACCUCAGUAUCAAAAGAAACCGGAGACUGAAUGACAACAUCUGGUUCAAAACUAAACCAAUGGGCGUCAACACUAUUAGUAACAUGAUGAAAACUACUGUGGCGGGUACUAGCCUUGAAGAAAGUCACAAAAAGUUCGCAAUUCACGAAUUACAGUGCUAG